CAUUGCACUUGGCAGCCAGAGUAAAACAGUAGAAGUGGUUUUCUUCUUCUUCCUCAAGAGCUGCAAGUUUUCAUUUUGAUUCUCGAGAAUCGGUGUUCCUAGUACUGUGUCCAGUUUGGUUGAAAGUUUCAGAAUUGCAAUGGAAAACUCAGAGAACGAUGAACCUGACAAGAAGAGGCCUCAUCUCACCUCUGUUUCUUCCCGCUCGGCCAUGAACAAAACUGCUGAUGCAGGUGUCUUACAGUUCCAGAAUCAGCAGCUUGUUCAACAGAUAGAUGUUCAAAAACAUGCUUUGCAGGAACUUGAAGACAAAAUUAGGAAAUUAAAAGAAAGGCAAACUUCUUAUGAUGACUUGUUAAUUAAAACGAACCAACAAUGGAAUCAGUUGGUUGAUGAUAUGACUCUUCUGGGGAUACGAGCUGGGAGAGGCAAAGAGACAUUGCAAACUUUGCCGCACCUUGAUAAUCAUCAAGGUCCACUUCCUUCGUGUCCUGCGGAGGAUAUAUUUCUAUGUAGAUUAAUCCAGAAAGAUUCUAUUGAAGGAAGCAGUAAUAGUGAGAUAAUGAAUUAUGUUGAGGAAGCCCUUGCUUUGCGUCGGGCAUCUACAUGGGAGUUGUUGAAACUCCUUCAGGAUUCCAUUAAUAAUCAGAUGGAAAGAAUUGACAUCAUAGCUCAGGCUUUACCUGGAGAUUUAUUUUCAGAAGAUGCUAUCAAGCAAAUGUCUAUGAUUGAUGAUAUGACAAAAGAGGAGGCACAUAAUUUACGUGAAGUGAUUGAUACUCUCAAUGAGAAACAUAAAGAGUACAGUGCUAGUAUUCAAAAUUAUAUUAAAGAGGGCGUACAGGAUCAAUCUGACAUCAAACGCUUUGCAGGCGAGCUUGAUGAGAUUGCGGCUGAACUUGAAGAAAGCAGAAGAAAACUAGUCAGUCUGAAAAUGCAAAAGGAUGCAGCGAUCGGGAUCAAUUCUCCGAAUGCAGAUGCAGUGAAUGGAAACUUGUCUCCUGAAAAGCCUGCAGGCAGGACUAUGAGUUUGCAUGAGUUGAAGGAUUCAAUUGAGGAAGCGAAGAUAGUCGAUGCUGAUCGUGCCUCUGAGCUUCAAGAUGCUCAGGAAGACAAUCAAACCUUGACAAAGCAAUUACAAGAUCUUCAGAAUGAACUGAAUGAUGAUAAGUAUGUACGCUCUUCCCGAAUAUACUCUUUGGCAAAUGAUCAACUUCAACAUUGGAUGGCUGAAUUGAACCGAUAUAAAAUGUUAACGGAGUCUCUGCAGGCUGGCCGUGCCCAUAUCACAAAAAGGGAGAAGGAACUGAAUUUGAAAUUAGAGUCUGCUGAUACUGCAAGGCAUAUGCUUGACAAAUCUGACAAUAGGAUUGAUGAGCUAGAGCAUCAGUUGCAGAAGUGUAUUAUUGAGAAGAAUGAUCUUGAAAUUGAGAUGGAAGAGGCUAUCCAGGAUACUGGGAGAAAAGAUAUCAAAUCUGAGUUUCAUGUGAUGGCCUCAGCUUUAUCUAAAGAAAUGGGAAUGAUGGAAGCUCAGUUGAAACGAUGGAAGGAUGCAGCUCAUGAGGCUGUGUCAUUACGUGAGAAAGCACAUUCUCUACGAGCAUUGUUGAGUGGGAAGACUGCCGAAAUUAAGAGCCAUGCAAGCAAAUGUGUUGAACAGGAUUUGGAAAUCAAGUCGUUAAAAACAUUGAUUGAGAAGUUACAGAAGGAGAAUAAGGAGUUAGAAGUUGUUCUGGAUAUGUAUGGCGAAGAAAAUUACGAUAAAAGAUUGGCAGAAGUUAGAGAAUCUGAAAGUAAAGCUUGCUCUCAAGCUGAAAUGCUGAAAAAUGCAUUAGAUGAACAUAGUUUAGAAUUAAGGGUAAAAGCUGCUAAAGAAGCUGAAGCCGCUUGUGAACAAAGGCUUUCUGCUGCAGAAGCUGAAUUGGAGGACUUAAGGGCCAAAGUGGAUGCAUCUGAGAGAGAUAUCUUGGAGAUGACUGAGGCUAUUAAAGUUAAAGAUGCUGAGGCAGAGGCAUAUAUAUCUGAAAUUGAGACUAUUGGUCAAGCAUAUGAAGAUAUGCAGACACAGAACCAACAUCUGUUGCAGCAGGUGACUGAGAGGGAUGACUAUAAUAUAAAGCUUGUAUCAGAAACUGUGAAGACAAAACAGGUGCAUAGCACUUUACUGUCUGAGAAGCAGGUCUUAGCAAAGCAACUUCAACAAAUUAAUUCUAAGAUAGAAAAUGCAAAGAUGAGAAUUACACACGGUGAACAGCAGCAGUUGAAAGGUAUUCUAUCAGAAGCCGCUAAAUGUACUCAAGAUGAAAAACACCUUGCAGUCUCCCUGGAAUUCGCAAAGUGGGAAUUGGCUGAUGCUGAGAAGGAGUUUAAGUGGCUCAAGUCUGCUGCUUCAUCUUCAGAGAAAGAAUAUGAUCAAAUUCAGAAAGAUGCCAAAGCUUUUGAAAUGGAGUUGGAUCGUGAAAGGAGUUCACGGAAGAAACUUCAAGAAGAAUUGAGGGAAUUGAAUAACCAAAUUGCUGAGCUGAGUUCUGAAACUGGAGAAGCUGCAAUACAAAAACUCGAAGAAGAAAUAAGAGCUUGCAAGAACAUGAUCAAGUGCACUGUCUGUUCUGAUCGUCCAAAGGAGGUUGUGAUUGUGAAGUGCUAUCAUCUGUUCUGCAAUCCAUGCAUACAAAGAAAUCUUGAGCUACGUCACCGUAAAUGUCCUGCCUGCGGAGCAGCAUUUGGACAGAGUGAUGUUCGCUUUGUCAAAAUAUGAGACUGAUGUUAAAUUUCUAGUUGUUAGACGUUUGAUUAUUGUUUUGGGUCCUUGGACAGUGCUGUUGGCUUUUAUUACCUGCAUCAUAGUUUCAAAUAAGCAUUCUAAUAAGGCUUAGAGGAACUUAUUUGAUCUUAUCUUAUAGUAUAAUCACUUAUUCAAAUAAUUGAAAUUUUUUGUGGAAAUAGUUUAUGAUUA